AUGCAAAACACACACACACAAGACAAGCACAGAAAAGUGGGGAAGUCGGAGCAAUUAGCGGAGGUACUAGGAACCCUAGAAGGCUUCACAGUCAAAGAGAAUUGGGACAGGUUCUUUACCAUCCGAGGCAGCGACAAUGCAUUCGAGUGGUACGAGGACUGGUCUGAGCUCCAAGCCCCACUGCUCUCCCACCUCCCAAAACCCGACUCCCAAAUCCAACCACUCCGAAUACUCGUGCGGGGUUGUGGGACUUCCCUCCUCUCCGAGCACCUCUACGAUGUCGGGUUUAAGGCCAUCACCAACAUUGACUUGUCUGAGAUUGCCAUUUCCGAUAUGUUAUGCCGCAAUGCGUGCCAACGCCCUGGCAUGAAAUGGCAAGUCAUGGACAUUACCACCAUGCAGAUUGAGGAUGAGAGCUUCGACGUUGUUGUGGAUAAAGGUGGAUUAGAUGCUCUAAUGGAGCCCGAGUUUGGCCCAAAGAUGGGCAAUCAAUAUCUAGCAGAGGUUAACAGAGUUUUGAAGUGUGGGGGAAAAUUUAUUUGCUUUACCUGGGCAUGGUCCGAUGUUCUAGGUACACAGUCUCGAGCUUGA